AAACUUUAUAUUGCCGCAGAUGGUUAGAAUAUAUUGAGAAAACUGGUAAGUAGUUAAUUUUAUUCCGUAAUAUCUCUACUUUAAGAAAAUAUAUAGAAAGUGUUGUCAUUGUUUUAUAAAAUACAGUUUUGGAAAUGUCAAACAAUAGCUUUUUUGACUGAGGGGUGACUGUCUCAAAACAGAUACCUAGUCAGAAUGUUUCAUUCUAGUCAGAAUGUUUCAUUCAAACAAAUUGUAAAUGACUUGUUUGUAUGGGUAGGCAGCACAUAUCUACCUUACUAAGUGUACCAGUAUUACAUGUAGAUGUUUUUAUUGUCUGUUCGCAGUGACUUUGUAGCUAUGGCACGCAAGUAUUGUCAUGUAGUGGGUGGCCGGCCCUAUAAAAAUGAUGGCAAAAAAACAGACAGAGCCAUAGAUGAUGUUGUACAGAAGAGAUUGAGCCAACGGUCAGCAUCAAAAAAGUAUGGCAUUCCUAUAAUGACACUAAAAACAAACUGAAGAAUGUUCACACCAAGACACUAGGUGGUCAAAGAGUUUUUAAUGAGCUGGAGGAACAGUCAUUUGUUGACCAUCUAAUAAAGUUGUCAGAGUUUGGUUUUCCAGUCAAUGAAAGUGAUUUUCGAUGGGCUGUGAGAAAUUAUCUACAGCGUAAAGGUGUGACAGUGAAAAAAUUUAAAGAUAACACACCAGGCUAUGACUGGGUCAAAAGGUUUCUCCGGGACCAUCCUGAAUUGUCUGUGAGGUUUUCACAAAAUAUCAAGAAAGUUAGAGCAGGUGUGUCAGCAGAAACCAUCACGACAUAUAUCGAUCAUCUGAGUAAGGAGAUUGAGGGGAUCCCUCUCAGCCAUAUAUUUAACUAUGACGAAACCAACGUGUCAGAUAAUCCUGGAAACAAGCGUGCAAUUUGUAAACGGGGAGCCAAAUAUAUAGAUCGCAUAUGUAACCACAGCAAAUCCUCAACAUCUUUAAUGUUAUGCGGCAAUGCAGAAGGAAAACUGUUGCCGCUCUAUGUGGUGUUCAAAGCUGACCACAUGUGGUCUUCAUGGAUCGUGAAUGGUCCACCAGGAACCAGAUACAACCGCACAAAAAGUGGGUGGUUUGAUGCUGUUGUGUUUGAGGACUGGUUUUGUAGUCUGUUUCUCCCUAGUGUUGCAUCAUUUACAAGGAGACAUUGCUCUCAUUGGAGACAACCUUUCCUCUCACAUUAGCACACAAGUGUUGCAAAUUUGCCAGGAAAAAAGAAUCAAGUUCAUUUGUCUGCCGCCUAAUGCAACCCACUUGCUCCAGCCAUUGGAUGUAAGUUUCUAUGCACCAUUGAAAAGAGCUUGGCGAUCAAUUUUAUCAUCUUGGCUUGACUCUGCUGAAGGGUCAAAAUUCCCAAAUAUCCCAAAGGAUAAACUGCCCAGUCUCCUGAAGUCUUUAAUUGAUGGAGCAGUUUGAACAGAACAAAGAAGAAAAUUUAGUUUCAGGAUUCAGGAAAUGUUGCAUUGUACCUGUUGACAAAGAUGUAAUAUUGGCACGGUUACCAAAUGAAGAGGCAAAUUCUUCUCUCAUUGGAGAAGCUUUCAUGGCAUCACUUACUGCUCAUAGGAACAAGGUGAUUGGUGGUGAUGCACCUAGGCAGAAAAGGAAGAAACUAAAUGUUCCUGCAGGAAGAAGCAUCAGUGUAGGGGAGGUUUCCGAGUCAUCAGUAAGUGAACCACCUAAACUGAAGACACGCAAACAGAAUCGACAGAAGACCCCAACAGUUCAUGAAGAAUCGUCUUCAGACAUUGAUGGGAAUCAUGAGGAUCUUGUUGUCAAUGAUUCAGAUAGUAAUCUAGAGACAUUUUCCAACUCAGGUGAUGACUCCGUAAUUAUUUAUAACCGUGAAUCUCUGAAAUCUGUGUGCAGCAUCAACGAUUUUGUCAUUGUUACAUACAACUCACAAUAUUCAGGAAAGAUUGUUGACAUCACUGAAGCUGGGCCAACAGUAGAUUGCAUGGAGCAGGGGAAGAAUUACUGGCAUUGGUCUCAGAAGCGUGACAUCUUGACGUAUGAAUGGGAGCAUAUUGUGAAGAAAAUCAAACCUCCAAGAAAAUGGCGGCAUCAAGAAUCAGCUUUAUUGGAAAAUGUAUUUCUGAAUUGAACACUCCAGCAUUCCUCGUGGACAAAAAGAUAGUUAUAAGAAACUGUGACAGAAUGAUAAAAAGAUGUCAAGAAUUGGGUGUCAGUCUUCGUCCACAUAGUAAAACCCACAAAACUGUCGAGGGAUCAACCCUACAGACGGGAGGAACGAAACGGAAGAUUGUGGCCUGCACACUCAACGAUGCCCAGUUCUUCUCGCAACACGGGUUCGACGACAUCCUGUACGGCUUCCCGCUGCUUGCCCAGCACAUCCCGAGGUGCGCGAGCCUGGCGAACAAACUGGACGAGUUCCACGUGAUGGUGGACAACGGCGAGGUGGUGAAGUCCCUCACCAGCAGCACGCUGUUGCAGCCAGGCAAGAAGUGGUCGGUGUUCAUCAAGAUAAAUGCUGGAAACAACAGAGCGGGAAUUUGGUGGGAAGACACGGAAAAAAUUGUGCAAGUCGCCAGUUUGGUGGCUAACAGCAAGACUGCGAAGUUCCAAGGCAUCUACCUGCACUGUGGCGACUCUUACUACCAGAAGACCCACGACACGGUGCUGGAGGUGAGGAAGAACGGAACCACGGCUAUUCUCUCCGUCGCUGAAACACUAGAGAAAGCAGGCAUCCCUUGUAAAACAUUUGGCAUUGGUUCCACGCCGUCAUGCAGCAUGGAUUUCACCAAAAGUGCAGAUGGAAAUUUGGCGAGGCUAACUGAAGCGCACCCAGGGAACUACAUUUUUUAUGAUGCUCAGCAGGAAAGUAUUGGCUCCUGCACGUUUGACGACCUUGCGUGCAGAGUAAUGACGCGCGUCAUUGGCCACUACCCCAGCGCGAACUACAUGCUGAUUGACUGUGGCUUCACAGCACUCACAAAGCAAGGCUUCAAUCUGCUCAAGACUCCGGGCUUCUCCGUGAUUCAAGGCGAACCAAAUUUGAAGGUUACUGCACUCACUCAGGAAAUAGGAAAGGUUGAGGCUAUUGAUGGAAAACUGGACUACUCCAAGUAUCCUGUUGGAAGUCCGCUGUUUCUUUAUCCAUAUCACGUGUGUGCCACAGCGGCCAUGCACCCGGUUUAUUACGUACAUGAAGGAGACAAGGUCAUUGAAGAAUGGAUACCCACAAGAGGAUGGUGAUCAUCUCCGUUGUUAGUUAACCAGUUACCACUUUAAGAGGUUUUGCUGAAGGGAUAUGGAACUGUCUAGGAUUUAUGUACAUUUGUUCCUUGAGCCCUAAGGCACAGGCCUGGUUUAUAAAUGACGCAAGAAUGCAAGAUGCGAAAUGUUAAGCAACCACAUUUAGAGUCCCAGUUUAUAAACUAUGCAAGGUGCAAUAAUGCAAUGCAAACAUCGUCCAACUUGCAACUUUCUUGAGUUUUUUUGUUUGCAUUUUCAGUGACCAUAUUUGAAGAGCAGUGUUCUGAAAACAUUUUUCAAGAUGAAGAUGUUAUGUGUAUAGAAACCUACAGUGUUGUUUUUAUUAGUAUAUGCAUCAAGUUCACACUUGUUAAAACUUUCACACAGUUAAAGAAUAUAACUUUUUAAAAUCAAUUUAUUGACAAUUUAUUUACUUUUGAUGAUAAAAAUGAAUUGUCAACAAAAGAUUGGGGUAGUAAUUUGUUUCUACCAUGUUAAGAUUUUAUGUUACAGGGUUGAUGAUGUCUUGCAAAUUGCGUUCUUUAUAAACGACUGUGAUAUUUUUGCGUUGGUUUAAUGUUGAACUGCUGCUCAACAUCGUGUUCAUUGCGUAGUUUAUAAACCCAGCCUUAGUCUCGCACACCUAGAUGUUUAUUUUUUUUCUUUUCAUGAUUAUCAAUGUAUUACUUUAGGAAUUUUCUGGUAAAUUGUUUUGAUAGCUACGUUUGCUUUGGCUAACAACAUUUCUCACUGGAUAUUUAUCUGAUGUUAUUUUCAAUCUGUAAAAGGUCUCAUGAGUGAUCAUAAUUAUAAACACAUAUUUACAUUUAAUUUUACCACUUUUUGAGAUAAUAUUUAGUAAUUAUCUGUUGAGAAAAUUUGAUACCAAACAUAAAAUACAUGAGAGCUUAUGCAAUGAAUUUAUGGGAAGAGCCAUAAAAUAAUAGCAAUUGACAAGACAUGUGAUACCAAGCAUUAAACUUUUUGAAUACAUUCCUAAAUUUUGGAUCCUCCAAAGCCUAGCGCCAGGUUAAGUGUAUUGUUUUUGAGUUACGUUGUGGAAUACCUUGAUAAAAUUCAACAUUAUUAACUUUGGACAAUAUACUGUGUGUAGCUUUUUUUUUUUUUCAUCACAGGAAAUCCAAAGGAUGUACAUGACUUGAAUAUCCGAGAUUGAAACAUACUAUGCUCUUGAUCACGAUAAUAGCUCAUGUUUUGUGUCUCGAGCAUUUUUUAUUUUGUUUAAAAAAGUGUUUAGUGGUUAUAGGUUAUACCAAUGAUUGAUAUUUAAUUGAUAAUAAUUUGACAAAUACACAUUUCCUUCAAAAGUGUCACUAAUUUAACAUUUCCUAGUGUUCUGUUCAUAAUUGUUUAAUAUCAUUUUCGGCUAAAAGGUAAGUCAUAUAACCACGUGUUGACUUGAAUGAAAGAUGAAUCAAAAUUUCAUAUUCAGCAGUACAUUCACAGUACCUAACUUAUUAUCUCGCAUACCGGUACCAUCAUCUGUUUGUAAGCAAAGUUUUUUGGCUCUGUUGGCAGAUAUUUUGUUUUGAUUCUUGUUUUUUGUUGCCUAUAAACUCUUCUGCCAGUAAAAGACAUUCCAGAAACCGCCGGUGGCCAAACUUGUGUACAGUUAAUCCGAAAGACCACAUUUUUCACACUUUUUCUAACUUGCGUAAUGUACCUAAUAUAAAUAAGGGUAUAUAACUUUACUAUCACCAUUAAGUUUGAAUAUUUUGUACAAAUUAAACCUCGGAGAUUAAAUUAAAUCUUUAACAGUCUACUCCCCAUCAACUGACAUCAAAUACUAGUUUAAAAAAAAUAGUGCCAAAUGCUAGUUUUCUUUCAUUUCCUCAGUGACUUUACCAUUUAUUUAUAUCUGUAAAUAUAGAGUUUGAGUAUUGAUAUCCAUGGCAAUUCCAAAUACCUUUAUAAUUUUUGCAACUACACAGUUUGGCACGACAGUACACGAAAAAAAAUGUAAAAUAAUGCUUGAAGCAUUUUUUAAAAAAAAACUAAAAAAGAGGUUAGAAUGCUGGAAGUUAUGAAUGCGAAAUUGAUGAAAAUAUAGACUUUAAAUAAGAUAAGAUUCAAACAGUAUCAGCUGUACUCAAAUUUCCUCUAGCAAAUGUUUUACAAUACUUUUCUUUGUAAUUGUUCUUACAUAGUAUUUUAACUCCCAUAGUUCAUUCACUAUUAUUGCUAGUAAUUAUUAUAAGCACUUUUACUAAAAACAUUGCUUUUGCUUUGAAUUUUAGAUUUAUUAUUUAUUUUUAUUUCACUUGGCUAAAAAUUACACAUCUACCUAUAAAUUCAAUUAUUGUUUACUUUUUAAUGAAUGGAAAAUUUAUAUAAUCUUAGUAUCAGUUGCAUAGUGUGUAAUUAAAAAAAAACCCAGAAAAUCAAGUUUAAAAAGGUGUAACUUUGUUCUCUGCCUGACAAAAGUUGUAAUUUUUUACAUUAAUUUGAAAAUUAAAAUAGCAACUAAAAUUGGAUUCCAUUUUUGGACAUAGCUGUUUCUUGAAUAAUAAAGUAUGCUGUAAAAUUUACCUGGCUAGUGUACGUGAGAUGAUUAGGAAAAUAAUAUGUAUUGUAUUAAUGUAUGUAUGUAGGUAUGUACCUAAUGUAAGUAUGUAUUUUUCUCUGUUAAGGUUGUGCUUCUAUAUUCUACCAUGCUGAUAUUAUUAUGUUAUAAUGUUAUAUCAGGACAAUGAAAAGAAAAUUCUACAAAUUUAAUAAUUGCUAGUCGUAAAAACCAGGAUCAGAAACAAUAUUUUUUAUUGCCUUCAUAACGGUUUGCAAAGUGAAAUAGAUCGCCACUCGCAAUAAAACCUUGAAUUUACUCCUGGCUUACUUUAGUUCCUCACUUUGUGUACAGGACAUUCUGUUUUCAUGUGAUUUACAUUGAAAGAAAAUAAGGCUUUUCUUGAUUUACAUGUUGCAUUUUUAAUUAUGUUGAAUUUUUUUCCCCAGAACAGAAUUUUGUAUGUUUUGCUUCUAGAACAGGGCAUUAAAUGAAUGUGUCUUUGAUAUUUUGUAUUGUUUAAUAUUCUUUCACAGAUUUUUAUUUUAAAAGAAAGCUAAAGGUUUUAAGUGUUUAUAUAGAACAUUAUAUAAUGGUUUCAAGUUAUGAAAAUGAUAUAAUAUUUAGUGUUUAUUAUCUCAUUUGCAGUUUGCCUUUAAUUUUUGUCUCCAUAAAAAUGUAAAACAGAAGAUUACUAUUUUUAAUUUUUUAACAAUUGUCUAUGUUGUUUUUAUAAAUCAAGUGCCUUAAACCAUCUGAACAUUCAAAAAUUGGAACAACUUUUUUUGAUAUCAGGGAAUGUUAGUGUAAUAUAACUGUUUGUAUUGCAGAUAUAAUUAUAUUCAUUGUAUAUUAAAACUGUAGUAUGUAUUUUUUGUAGAAAAAUAUUUUAUGUGCCAAAUAAAGAAACUUAAUCAAUUGUUUUAUAAAUGAAAAA